CAACCAUCACCACAUCAAAAGAGGAGACCAGACGCUAGCGUUGAAAUAUUUCAUGGCGAUAAGCUCGGAAUCCUGGCUGUUAAUGCGGGAAGACGCUGACUUCCCAUUAUGGAAACAGCCUUAGCCUGUAAAGUGUGGAAAGAGCAAAGCGGCCCUAAAGCCAGUGGGAAGAAGGUUGCACAGGAGGACUUCAGGACACUUUGUCUUUAUUUCAUUCUUAUUGACAAGGACGGGAAAUGUAUACAUGUAGGACUGACGUGUACGGGGACAAACAGCGACAGCACAUGGGAAGAGGGUGUACCUGUCUCACUGGGAAUGUGACCAAUCCAGCCAGAGUCGGCCGUUGCCUUCACGUUCAUGACGAUGGCACUUGCAAUUGGAUCCUCAUCGAGCUUAAAGAAACGUUCUUGAAAACAGGACAAUAUGACAUACAAACAGUUCCCUUUUCUGACGAAUCGCCAACACAAGGUCGCCUCGCCAUAAGAACUGCUUCCGAUAAAGUUUCUUUUGGAAAUGCAGGCGAGACAUACGGCUCCGAUUGGUUUCAGGUGAUACCAUCAGAGGGCCCCGGAUUUACGAAAAGCGACAGCGGUUCCAUUGUGUGGGCGGAGACAACAUCAGCCGUGACCGCCCACCUGAGUGGUGUGAUUGGCUAUCACUCUCGACAGAGCCCUGUUGUGAAAUCCCAAACGGCUCUCGUCUCUGGACUCAGCCAGUUUCUUUUGAAGGAAGGCAAAGAGAUCGCCCAGCAAUACGUCCUCAUCCCGCGCCCCAAACCUGCUGCCCCGAUUAAUCCACCUUAUUACACAGGCAGAUGCCAAGGAGAUGAGUACAAGAACGACUCCGAACCAAGAGGCCGUGCAAUUAUUAUAAAUAACGAGAGGUUUUUUGUGGAUCGGCUUCCAAGACGCCAUGGGACCCAAGCUGAUGUAGAUGCCCUAAGGGGACUUCUUAGUAAACUUCAUUAUGAUGUGGAAGUUAUCAAAAACCUGGAAACAAAUGAAAUAAAAGAGGAGAUAGAACGAGAAAGUCAAAGGGAAGAUCACAACAGAUUUGAUUCCUUCAUCUUAUUUCUACUGAGCCACGGUUCCAGGGGUGCUGUGUAUGGUACAGAUGGUGAUCGUUUGCCCUACGACAUGAUAAAAAAACAUUUUGAAUAA